CGUCAGAACAGCGCUAGCGCUGUAAAGAAACAAAGAUGUCGAUGUGGGAGCCAGGAGUGAAGAAACGCGUUCUGUACGCCGGUACAGGCGAUGUGGUGGACUACCAGGAAGGCACCAAGGCCGUGUUCCACUACGAGACGUGUAAGCUGGACGAGCCGCCGACAGUUCUGGACGACAGCCGGUCCCAGGAGAAACCCAUGGAGCUCAUCUUCGGCAAGAAGUUCAAACUGGAGAUUUGGGAGAAAUGUCUGAUGAGCAUGCGGGUGGGCGAGGUGGCAGAGUUCGUGUGUGAGCCAAGGGUGGUUGCUCAGUACCCCAUCGUGGCCAAGAGUCUGCGGGACAUCCGACAGGGGAAGCAGGAGCACCCUCGCCACUGCUGCGGCAUGGCGUCCGACAACAGCCUGGGGUACGCAGACUUGGACGAGCUGGUUAGACAACCCCAGCCCCUGGCUUUCAUCAUAGAGCUGCUCAAGGUGGAAAAGAAGGGAGAGUACAGCCAGGAGGCGUGGCAGAUGACACCAGAGGAGAAAAAGGCAGCUCUACCUCGGCUGCAGGAGGAAGGGAAUAACCUGUACAGAUUGAAACAGUUCCACCAAGCUGCCGACAAGUACGCGGAGGCGCUGGGCUGCAUCGAGCAGCUGCUGAUCCGUGAGAAGCCCGGAGACGAGGAGUGGGUCGGUCUGGACUCCCGGAAAGUCCCGCUCCUCCUGAACUACUCCCAGUGUAAACUGAUCCUCGGGGAUUACUACCCUGUUAUAGAACACACCACAGCUGUCAUCAACAGAGAUGAGGGGAACGUUAAAGCAUAUUUCCGGCGUGGGAAAGCCCACGCGGCCGUCUGGAACGAGAGAGAAGCGCAGGCGGACUUCUCCAAGGUGUUGGAGCUGGACCCCACCCUGAAGGGAGCCGUGAGGAAGGAGCUGAAACUUCUAGAAGACAGAAUAAAGUCUACCGAGAAAGAGGAGUGGGGAAAGUUAAAAGGGAAGAAUGUGUUUGGAUAAGAAAUCACUGCUCAGGGCAAAAACAUUCCACACAAUUCUUCUGUUUUGCAAAUACAACAGCCAUUUUCACUUUUCAUUUAAAGGUACAAUGUACAUGUAUAUAAGUAAAUGUAAAGGUAAGAAUUUUGUUCAUGUGUUAUUAUUGCUACUAGUGGUACACAUUCUUAUAAUACUUUUCAAGAGCCAUACAUAUUUCUAGUAUCUCAGUAUAGUUAGCUUCUCUAGCUAAAGGAUUGUGUUAUUGAGAUAAAACUAUAAGUUAGAAUAGGGUAAUCAACUGACUUUAAUAGUUCUGUCUUUGCCCUUUCUUUUGCUAAGUGUCAAACUUAUUUAUUUAUCAUUUAUUACCUGAAUGUUUUCUAUUAUGCUCAAUGCAUAUGGACCCCAGAAAGAGUAGAAAAUUUAACAAUAUGUGUUUUAUCAGUUUCAUAGAUAUGAAUCUGUGGUUUACAGUCUAUAUAACACUACUAAAACUUUAUCUUCAGGGUAACCUAUAUCUGUUUAAAUGCAGCAUAUUUAGGGAUAUGAUUAUGAAACCAAUGGACAGUUUCAAACUGUAAUAUUUUGAAAAUGUUUUCUAAAUUGAUUUUUAGAUACAGCAGAUACAGGUUAUCCUAUGGAUAAUUGUGAACUAGCAUUACAUAUACUUUCUAGAUUCUGUGUUUUCGCUGUAGGUGUACAAAUCAGUGUUAUUUGUUGUAUGAUAAGAUAUUUCUAUGUAAAUUCAAAUUGCUAACACAGGAUUUAACAAGCCCAAUUGCCAGGGGCAAGUGAAAGCACUGACCGUGCCAGCGCAUGUCGUGCUGUACUAACCUUAUCUGGGCAGUGCAAUUUGCAGUUGCAAUACUUUGCAAAGUGUUACCUUUGUGUGCUAAGAAAGGAAAAUCUGUCUGUGAUUUUGACAGCUUUUAAUCUAUAGACUAUGUAGAAAUUUGAAAUUUAAUGUAUUGAGUACAUACAUGUAUUCACCCAGUUGUUCUAUCUUAAGGCAGUAUAAUACCUUUGCUUAUGAAUGUCAGUCUUGAACUAAAUAAAGACAAUCAGCUAUGUUCUCUUUA